AUGCGAUCAGAAGGCGUCGCCCUCCAUGACCCAAGAUACAAGGAGGCAGAGGUACAGUCAGGGAAGACCAUCACCUCUUUGAUCGCUGCUAUCAACCUUGGAAAGAAUCAUUGGCACAGUUCAUGGGAUCCACUAGCUGAGGAGGCAGAAAAAUCUGUUUCACCCUACGUCAGCGGGCCGAUGCGAAUUGGCAUUGUAGGCGAGACUGGGCAAGGUCUGCUAGGCGACGAGGGUGUUGUCCAAACCGCAAAGAGUGGCGAGAGCAUGACCAGAGUGAUUAUGGAGUACCAUCACUGGAUCGAUCACGACUCACGUUUCAAAUACCGCGCUAUCAUCUCUCUCCUCCCGUGGGAAUCUGUACAGAAGCGGAUCGAGACGUACUUCGAACACUGGAACCACGGGCUUUUGUCACAUGAAGACGAGAGCGAGCAUGAAGAUGAAGAAGGAGAUCAAAGCCCAGAUCCCGCAGGCCCAGAUUCUCCAGGGGCAGAUACGGAAACAGCUACAGGGGUAUUCCAAGCACUCUUCCGUGGAGACCCAAGUUUUGAGGACCAAGAGACCAUGAAGGACUACCUGUUGAGCAGUGAACGGGCACCUGCCGAUGACUCGAGAGGAGGUUGCGACGCUUGGCCCUUCGUCGAAGUUGUCAAAAUCGGUGGCCCCUUUGCCCUGAGCGAGCACAUUGUCAUCGCCGACACGCCGGGUCGGAAUGACUUGAAUCGACUUGCGCGUGCCAGCGUGGACGACUACCUACCGUCUUGUUCGUCCGUCAUAAUAGCGUGCAACAUUACUCGCAUCAUAUCUGACGACAGCCUCCCCAAUCAGAUUGAGAAGAUCCAGCAUCACCGUCCCGUGACAGUAGUCGCUACAUUCUCCGAGGACGUCGGCCUGAUUCCCAGCAGGCACACUAAGCUCAGCCCAGGCGAGAAGCAUACGUAUAUGAGUCUUCACGAGAAACUCAAACAGCUUGAGAACGAAGAGUUGAGCUCUUCCGCCGCUGAAGCUAUACUACGCAACCAGUUGAGGCAAAAACAUAUCAAGAAAGCCAUUGCGCAAUUGCUUGUUGAGGAACGCAGCCGGCGCGUGAAGGAAAGGCUUAUGGCGGAAACACGGGGCAAAGGCCGUCCUCACGCAGUGUUUUGUGUGUCCGCUUUCGACUAUCAGCGUAACAUUAGGGGGAUUGCUGCUCACGAUUCCGCCCUUCUUCCUCUAAGCCCCAAGGAUACGGAGAUACCUGCAUUGAAGCGACAUCUCAUCUCGUCAUGCUCGCCCAUGCGAGUAGAAGAGCUAGUCCGCUAUGUGGGCGCAACAUUACCAGGUCUCAUGCUUAGCAUGCAGAUGGGGAUCAACAAACGAACUGAUGUGUUCCAAAUCAAAAUCGAAGGUGGCGUCGAAAAUCUGAGUAGUGGCAAGCCCAGUUGGAACCAUCAGUUGCUCGAGCAGCACCGCAUGAGUCUCAAUCCGAUCUUUCAAGACAUCUAUGAAGCUCGAUGGAAUAUUGGCGAACUAGUGAAGCAAGAAAUCGUGUUAGCAACAGGCAAACUAGCCAAGGACAUUCGUAAACAGUAUCCAGAGGCUGGACCUGCUGAACUGAACCUACUUCUCGACAGCAUCUACAUCAAAGGUGCACUUAUUACGGCGAUGCAAAGCAAGUGCAUUGGCGAUCUGAGAAAGUUCAUUGAAAAGCAGAGAUUACGCUGUCUUACUGACACCGACGAUAUCUCCUACUUCGGGUACGCCAUGAUCGAUGUAUACACAGCGAGCAAAGAGAUCAGGCGAGGGAACAAGAAGGAGGAGACACGAAAGGUCAUGCAACAUCGAACGUUCAAAAGACUGCUUCGCGACGAAGAGACAACGCCAUACCACGCGAUUCCUGUACAACUACAACAAGCCAUCAACUCCCAAAAGCAGCUGAUCAAGGAGUACUUGGAGGAGAAGAUUGGGUCGUUAUUCCAGGCCAUCGGUAAUGAUCUGAAGCGAUUGGGAGUGGAGCAGGCGAGCCUGAACCACGGCGAAGACCGCGAGGUUCGCAAGUCGAUUGGCAGGACGCUUUCGAAGGCGAAGGAAGAUCUUGGGACGAUUGAGGCGUUGUUGAAGGAGAGCGGCGUUGAUUGCGAUGGUAUCAAGGAUCAGUUGACGUGA